AUGACUUUGGUGUGGUUGCUUUGGUGUGGCUUGCUGCGUCUGCUGUCAGUACAUGGCUUGGGCUUUGCCACACGCAUUGUGGGUGGCGAGGAGACGAGCAUUGAGCACGUGCCCUACCAGGUGUAUCUGCGUGAACGGGGCGACUUUAUCUGCGGUGGCUCGCUGCUCAGCGUUAGCUUUGUGCUCAGUGCGGCGCAUUGUGUCUACGGCGCCAAGCCGCAGGAUUACAGCGUCCAUGCGGGCGCCAGUCGUCUGGAGCAGCCGGCGGCGGUGGUGCGCAAUGUAGCGCAGUUUCAUAUCGCCAGCAAUUAUAAUUCGCGCAACUUUGAUAUGGAUGUGGCGCUGCUGCAGCUGGCGCAGCCCAUGGAACUGCUGCCAGGUCGUGUGGUCAGCAUAGCGCUCUGCCGGCGGCCACCGCCCAGCAAUACUUAUGUGCGCAUCAGCGGCUGGGGCGUUACCCAGGAGCAGAAUCGCGAGCCGGCGGCUCAGGUGCGCACUGCGCUGGUGCGCGUCUUGUCCAGAACUGAGUGCCAGUUGGCUUAUGCUGGCCAGGCACAGCUCAGCGACUCCAUGCUCUGUGCCGCAGUGCGUGGCAUUAGGGAUUCAUGCUCAGGCGAUUCCGGCGGUCCUUUGGUGUAUCGUGGGCAGGUCUGUGGCAUUGUCUCCUGGGGAUUUGGCUGCGCCCGAGCAGCUUAUCCGGGUGUCUACACGAGCGUGGCCAGCGAGCGUGUGCAGCGGUUUAUUGCGCAGACUUUGGGCCACUCCUAA